AGAGGUAUUAAUUAAUGCCUUUAUCCCAUGGAAAUAAUGUAUGAAUCACGUGCGAUUUUUUUAUUUCACACGUUAUGUAUAAUAGCAAUGUAUAAAUAAUGAUACAGACAGUAUUAUUAUGUUAAAAAGCGGAUUUUAUACUUUAUUACUCCUCAACUAAAGAUCUCUUUAAUUGUGGAACUCAUAAAAUAAACCUAAAAAUGGAGAGCGUAAUCUCAAUCUAUAUGAUAGUUUUCCUUAUUUACGGACAAACAUUCGUUAGUUGUAAACAAUGUGUAAAAUAUAAUAACUGUGCUUGUAUAUUUGAUGAUGGAAGUGGAAUGAUAGAUCUAAGUACCAUUGGUCGUAAAGACGGCACUGCCACGUUUUUGGACCAUGUGUCAACCUCUGAUUCUAACUGGUACUCAUUCAACCCAUGUGGGUCUUUCAGCGAAGUUUCGUGUUUGAAUGUUGCCGUAUGCAAAUUUGACCCACUUAACUACAUUUUUAUUGAUGCAGGGGUAGCCGACAAAGUUUCUUUCAAUUACAACGGGAUUUCAGUUGUAGUCCAGUAUCAGAGUAAAGAUGGCAAACGAAAUACUUUUGUUACACUGGUUUGUAAUCCGUCAGCCACAAAACCUUCUCUAGACGUUAUUGGUGAAACAGUUGCUGGACAAUACUACAUGACACUGACAUCUAACGCCGCGUGUCCUGUGACAGCCCCAGACAUAGUUGAAGAUGACGGCGGCCUCAGUACUGGUUCUGUAUUGUUAAUCAUAUUCUUUGUGUUGCUGUUUGUUUACCUUGCGGCUGGUAUAACAUUUAAUAAAGUAUGGCGUGAUGUGAAGGGGCUAGAGGUACUGCCUAAUGUUGAUAUGUGGACAUCUCUACUGGCACUGAUCAGGGAUGGUUGUGCGUUCAGUUUGGCAGCUGUAUGCAGGAAACGUUCCGUGUACAUGUCACUGUAGUAAAUGUGUCAGCGUCUCAAGAGGCGCACAACGUUCAUUAUUCAUGCGCCAAUAAAAUAGUCCAUUUCUUUCUUCGGAUUUAUAAACAUGUCGAAAAUUAUCGUAAAUCUUGUAUUUUGAUAAACAUGCUAGAUUUCAUAUAUAUUAUACAGAAUUAUAUGUAUUAUACAAAGGGAGACAAUUUUGGUUUGAACGACAGGGACUUAUGUAACUCCGAUAAAGAUCCGACUUAUUUACUAGGAAACAAUUAUGAUAAAAUAUUCUCGAAUUAUUCUUUAAGGACCACGUAAAAACUUCAAAAUAAUUCGAAUAGUAUGCAGGUUAUAAUGAAGAAUAUAUAGGAGAAAAAAUGAAAGGUUGCAGGGAGAAAUGAGUCGUAAUUCAACAAUGUGCUUGCUCUUGGUGUUCAAAGAUCUUCACGAUUACGGAGGAGAUAAUUUUCGGUAUCAACUUAUGGUGGAUAUAAAUGUGAAAGGGUUGGACCUCAUCUUGAAGAGAAAGAGUAGCUUAUAGUUUUGAGGUCUGGAUUCUAAAGUAUCCCAAUCCACUUCAUCUAGAAGCUUUAGUUCACGUUGUCAAGCAAAUCUAAAACCGCUAUUAAAGUGGAUGCAGAAUUCUACUUUGACUAAACUUUAAAGCCUGUAGGAGCGUAUGAAAGCGACCAGUGCAUACAAAGACCAGGUACAUCUGUGCCAUCUGAUCAUGGUCUGCACUGUUUACUAUUUAGUCGUUACUUUUUUUUUUAAUUUUCUCAAGAAAUGAUGUAUAGUUUUGUCGAGAAUGAAAAAUGUACAAAUCUAUUAAAGAUUUUUAGCCUGGUAAGUAUUAAUAAUAGUUAAAUCAGUUGCUGAUUGUCACAAUUUGAUCUAUCAUAGUCAGGAAAAACGACUUAUUCUACAUCUAGAUAUCAGUCAUCAGCGAGUGAAGAUCGUGGAUACCAUUGACUCAAACUGUACAAACCUUGCCUAUCACAUUGUUACCAUCUUAAAGAACUGUCAAUAUUGAUUUCUGAAUUUAAGACUUUUUAAAUAUUAACUGAUUAAAAGUCUUCUAAAUAAUCUGGAAACAAGACAGUUUGUUAACUUAUUCUUUUAUUAUUCUUAUUAACUACUGGCUGGUAUUGUUUGGCUUCUGAUAUAAUCAUGCUGAUGAAAUUGUCUGAAUAAAAAACGGAAGAAUUCUG